AUGGGAGCUCUGAAUACCAAAAUCGAUCCCGAAAUCAUCGCAACUAUUCAAGAACAGGGAAAAAUAAUAGUUACUAAUCUUCCAAAAAACGUUCUCAUCCAAAGAUCAGAUAUUAUCCGAAAGAUGAAAGAAGCAGCACCAGAACCAUAUGAAGGUCUUCUCUAUUCGCAUUUUCCUGAUAAUGUCGAGAAAGUCAAUGCACUGGCUAUUCAAUAUGCCACCUCGAAAACAGCGAAGAAGAAUAUCGCGCUCGAAAUAAAUCAGGAAAUCAAGCCAAAAGUUGAUGAACAAGUUGCAAACCAAGAACCUGUGGUACAAGAAGCUACGCGAAAGGCAGUAAAGAAAACGGUGAAGAAAACUGUGAGCAAAGCGAUGAAGAUAGCCGUGAAGAACAUUAAUAUUAAUCAGCCCGACAUCGAUACGGAAGAUAUUUAA